CGCUUUCAGCUGAGUUCAGAACUCAACAGUCAAAUUUCAUCAAAUAGAAAUUUGUUUCCCAUCGACCUGCUGACCAACAACAAUAUGCUCCAACGGUGUGUUGUGUCGCUGCUCAUCGCUCUCAUUGCUGUUUCUCUCGCAGCUCCAGUCCAAGAGGGGACAACAGAUGACGAGAGAAGUGCACUGCUGCUCAGACACCUGAACGAAGGAACAGCAGAUGAACCUGUGGCACCACAGCCAGAUUCUGCUGACAGCACUGACUCUGCUGAACAAACUAAAGAAUCAGAGGAGAUAGCUGAAUCACCAGAUAACAGAGAUGAAAGCAGCUCUGAGACGGUGGAACCCGACACAGCUGAUGGUGCUGCUAACAGCACAGACUCCGAUGAACAGACUCAAGAAUCAGAGGAGAUAGCUGAAUCACCAGAUAACAGCGAUGAAAGCAGUUCUGAGACGAUGGAACCCGACACAGCUGAUGGUGAAAAUGGUCAGCAGAACUCCUCUGAACCAAAAUCUGAUUCAACAGAGACAGCUGAAGAAGAAGAAUCAGAGGAGAUAGCUGAAUCACCAGAUAACAGCGAUGAAAGCAGUUCUGAGACGGUGGAACCCGACACAGCUGAUGAUACUGAGGACACUGCAGCUGAUGAAGAAAGUAACGACAACAGCGACGCUGACUCAGACGUGAACGUGACUGGUGAUGACUCUGAGGCAGAACCUGAACCUGAGACUGACUCUGUACUUGAGGCUGAACCGGACUCUGAGGCAGAACCUGAACCUGAGAGUGACUCUGUACUUGAGGCUGAACCUGACUCUGAGGCAGAACCUGAACCUGACUCUGAGGCAGAAUCUGAGACUGAGACUGACUCUGACUCUGAGAUUGAGGAUGAAUCUGAUUUUGAGACUGACUCUGACUCCCAGUUUGAGGGUAAGCCGGACUCUGAUCUUGAGGGUGACUCUGAGCUUGAGGCUGAGGCUGAGGUCAACACAGCAGAUGAGGAUGACAGUAUGGCUGGGGAGGAAGGGGAGGACACAGGGAGUGAGGAGCCAGUAGAAGACAAUGAACAGUCAGAGGACAUGGAAAGAGCAGAGAGUGAAAAGGUGAUCUCAGAGGAGGACGACAGUGAAGGGCAAACUGACAGGGAGAACGAGAACGAUGAGGAUGCUGAAACCCUGAGUGAUGGACACAGUGAGAUGAGUCAGAGUGACAGUAACGAUGAAACUGAGCCUGACAAUCAGGUCAGCAGUGACACUGAGGAGGUUAUCAAUGAGGAAGAGGAGGUGAACCAGGACAGCUCUGUAACGUCAGACAAUGAGGAGGCUGAGGAGCAGAGUCCAGAAGCUCUCGACAUCACUGAAGCCACACCUACUGACCAAGCAGACCAGCUGGACCAGCCCGAUGACUUCGUCUCCCCACCACAAAGGCUCGGCCUCUGAACUGUGGAAGCUCAGCGGCUCCAGAGCCAGCAACACAGUGGAAUACAGUUGCCAUGACAACAACAACAGCAAUAACAAAAACAACAACAAGCUAAACUGCAACUAAACUUCAGCUUCCUGUUUGUUUUUCGCUCCUCAGCUCGUUCCUGAUUGGUUGUCUCCACUUUCUUCAAACUCUGGCUGCUGUAGUGUUCGACCAUUCGUCCGUCUGCUUCUCCUGAAUCUGUCUCACUUUCUGCCUGUCUGUCUCUCUGCCUUCAGUCUAAUUCAGAACCACUAAACCAGCGACUGCUCUGAGAUCUGCUGUGUUCACACAUUGCAGUGUCAUCAUUAACCACGUGCCGAUCAGAGAUCUGAUCUGUGGUCACACAUUCCAGCGUACAUACAAUCAUCAUUCACCACCUGCUGAUCUGAGAUCUGCUCUGUGUUCACUGUGUUUACUGUACAAACAUUAACGAACGAUUGUCUGGCCACAGAGGAACUGCUAAUAAAGUUUGAACUGUCCAAAAUAUUUCUCAUUGAGAGUUCCUGUCUUUAUUUACACUGAUUAUUGAUCUGUAAUCAUUCACCUUUAACUAAACUGAUCAUUGAUCUGUAAUCAUUCGUUGAUGACUGACUGAAUGACUGACUAUUGAUGUUUCAACUGUACAGCAAUUAUUGAUAUCUAAUGUGGUCUGGUUAUUGA